UGCAGGCCUGGAUAUUCUCCUGAGAGAGAGAGAUUCUGAAGCUGAAAUUUAAAGUUCGUACAGUCCACAGGGCUCGGGAUGGGUGUGGCAGGACCUCUCCUGAGAAUUGGAGGGGUCUCAACAACUGCUGGAGAAAGGCCCUUGUCACAGCAGGCUGUCUGACAGCAGCUGAUGGAUCCAGGGGUCUGGGUGGAAACAGGGCCACCCCCACCCUCAUCCUAUCCAAACCACCACAGGGUUCCAUGAGCCAACAGUCAGCCAGGAAGAGCUGCAGCUCAUGUUGAACCCUGCUUCCCCCUCCCUGCAGACGGACCGCCCGUCAUGCUCGGACUCUGGCUUGAACUGAGAAUGCUUUAAGCGAGCAAAGGGUGUCCCAGUCUGGGGCAGAAGACAGUCUGGAGCUGCAGAUCUGUCUGCCAGGAAACAGUACUCCCCAGCCCAGCCGGUCUGGGGCCUGUUCAACCGGUGGCUGAGUGCCUGAGGUGGAAGUGUUUCUCUGCUUGUCAAUGGGCUGCUCAGCCAGCCCACCAGGCAGCUGAGAGACAAAGAUCUGCAGCUGUUGCUCUUGGCUACUGAGGGGCUCCCUGGAGGCUGGGCUGGGCCGGGCGUUGGGCUGGACUCAGCUGCAGAAUGUUUUGGGGGUGAGGACAGUAAGGUAGUGUUACUGCCUGGGCUCUUGCUUACCUCUUGGGCUACCAAACACCUUUUUCCUAUUAACGAAGCAUCCAGUCCAUCUGGGCAGGAAUAGGCUUAGGGCCUGACAGGCCGGGAGCCAGGCUCCUCCUGCCAACAACCAAAGAUUCCACAUUUCUGUGGGAUGGAAAGAGCCCCUGGGAAGCCAGAGCCAGCCCUCCCUGCUGAGUCCUGAAGACUGACACACAAGCAGGGAGCCGCGGGAGCUGCACGCAGCAGCAAGUCGGAGCCCUGGUGUGUGGCAAGGCAGAGAGCAGCCGCAGAAAACAAGACCCAGAGGACGUGGCGGGGAAUGGCUGGGAGGAUGCAGUUCCUGGCUUGGUUAAUGACCGCCAUUUGCCUCCUCCCUGGGGUGGCUACAACCCAGCACCGUGCAGGGCAGCCCAUGGACAGCACCAGCGUGGGAGGUGGCCUGCAGGAGCCAGAGGCCCCGGAAGUGAUGUUUGAGCUGCUCUGGGCUGGGCUGGAGCUGGAUGCCACAGGGCAGCUGCGCAUCCAGGACGAGGAGCUGGCAUCCACACGUCCAGGCCGCCGGCUCGGGCUCCUCCUGCAGCACCACGUGCCCAGUGACUUGGAGGGCGCUGAGCAGCGGCUGCAGAAGCUCCAGGACCUGCGGAGGGGACCUCCUCUGAGCCCUUGGGACUUUGAGCAUCUGCUCCUCACAGGCCUGUCCUGUGUGUACCGGCUCCAUGUGGCUAGUGAGGCUGAGGAGCGAGGUCGCUGGGCGCAGGCCUUCGCCCUCCUGGCACAGGAAGCACUCUGGGACCUGUGCAAGGGCUUCUGCCCCCAGGGCCAGCCCCCUUCUCUGGGGCCCUGGGCCUCUAUCCUUGACCCCUUCCCCUAACCCCGCCCCCU